CAGUUUGAUACCGGCUGAAGGUACUACACCAAAGUUUGCUCAACUAUAUAUUUACGAUACAGAAAACGAAGUUGCUAAUAGGAUGCAGUCUGUGAGGCAAAAAAGUGAUAAAAACAAUUUACAUGCUGAAAUUGUUUCUGAUUUGAAGAUAAUGUUGGAUGAAAAUAAUGUGUUAGUGAAGACAUUUAGAAUGGCAAAAGAGAAGAUUAUUGAUCAAGGUCAAUCUGAUGUCAAGAUAAAGCUUAUUGGUAGACGACACGGUGAUGCUCGAACAUAUAAUCUACCAACCGUAUCUGAAGUGGCUGCUUUAGUAGUUGGUGAUUUUGAUGAAUCGAUGGGGGAUAGAGAUUUAAUUGUUGAAACACAAACCGGAGAACUCAAGCGCAUUAAUGAAUUACAUGCAGCGUAUCUUGGUUUGCAGUAUCCAUUGUUAUUCCCAUAUGGUGAAGAUGGAUUUCGUGAAGAUAUUCCUUUAAAUGUGCCGGGAAGUUCAAGUGGUAAUAAUGCUCGCAGUAAUGUUACUAUGAAAGAUUACUUUGCUUUCCGGUUGCAUGAAAGAGAAUCUGAUGCGACGACAAUUUUGACUUCUAAACGUCUAUUCCAACAGUUUGUGGUUGAUGCAUACACUAUGAUUGAAUCAUCUAGAUUGAUGUAUAUACGCAUGAAUCAGAAAAAAAUGCGGGCUGAUUUGUAUAAAGGCCUCACAGAUGCUCUAAUAAGAGGUGAAACAAAUCCAGCAACCAGAGGAAAAAGAGUGAUAUUGCCAUCAAGUUUUGUUGGGGGAGCUCGAUACAUGGUGCAAAAUUAUCAAGAUGCGAUGGCUAUAUGUAAAUGGGCUGGAUAUCCUAAUCUAUUCAUCACAUUUACAUGUAAUCCAAAGUGGCCUGAGAUUGUUAGAUAUGUUGAAAAACGAGGAUUGAAACCGGAAGACCGCCCUGAUAUUGUUUGUCGAGUUUUCAAAAUGAAGUUGAAUAAUUUGAUUAAUGAUCUACGUAAAGAGAAAAUAUUCGGCAUUGUGAGAGCAGUUGUAUACACUAUUGAAUUUCAAAAAAGAGGACUUCCACAUGCACAUAUUCUGCUCUUCCUUUGGAAUGAAGAUAGAAAUCUUUCACCAGAUAAUAUCAACGAAAUUAUUUCAGCUGAAAUACCGGACAUGGAUUUAGAUCCAAAGUAUUAUACAGUUGUACAUGAUUUCAUGCUUCAUGGUCCAUGUGGAGUAGCAAAUAAAAAUUCGCCUUGCAUGGCAAAUGGUCGUUGCACAAAAUAUUUUCCCAAAAAAUAUGUUGAGACAACGAGUGUUGAUGAAGAUGGUUAUCCAGUAUAUAGGCGUAGAAAUAAUGGGAGAACAAUUCUGAAGAAUGGUGUGCCUUUGGACAAUAGAUAUGUUGUUCCGCACAAUCGUUAUCUUCUAAUGAAGUAUGGAGCACAUAUAAAUGUUGAAUGGUGCAAUCAGUCACGGUCGAUCAAAUAUUUGUUCAAGUAUAUCAACAAAGGAAAUGAUCGUGUUACUGCAUCUUUCUAUAAGAGCACGGAUGAUGGACAUAUGGAAAAGAAUGUGGAUGAAGUGAAUAUGUAUUAUGAUUGCAGAUACAUAUCACCAUGUGAGGCUGCAUGGCGAAUCUUUGGAUUUGAAAUACAGUACAAAGAUCCUCCCGUUGAAAGGUUGAGUUUUCAUCUUCCGAAUGAGCAAAACAUAAUAUUUUCAGAGUCGGAUACAUUAGAUGAGGUUUUGAGUAAACCUACAAUUGGACAAACCAAGUUCUUAAAGUGGUUUGAGGCAAAUAAGAUAUAUCCAGAAGCAAGGAAACUUACAUAUGCAGAAUUCCCAACACAAUUUGUUUGGCACGCAAAGAAAAUAAAUGCAUGGGAACCAAGAAAAGAAAGGUACUCGAUUGGAAGAGUUGUUUAUUUACCUCCUGGGAGUGGAGAAAUGUAUUAUUUGAGAUGUUUACUCAACAUAGUACGUGGACCUACAUGUUAUGCGGACAUAAGAACUGUUAAUGGGAUUGUAUAUGGUUCAUUUAAGGAAGCUUGCUAUGCAAUGGGAUUGUUGAAUGAUGAUAGAGAAUACAUUGAUGGUAUAGUUGAAGCAAGUUGUUGGGCAUCUGCUAAGUCUUUAAGAAUGUUAUUCGUCACAUUAUUGUCGUCCGACUCUUUUGGAAGCGUAGCAGAUGUUUGGAAUGCAUGCUGGAUAUAUUUAUCAGAUGAUAUCUUAUACAAUCAAAGAACUAUGCUGCAUCAUCCAGAACUACAACUAACUGAAGAACAAAUCAAGUGUUAUACACUUGUGGAAAUUGAAAAACUGUUGAGUAGUUUUGGAAAGACUUUGCGAGAGUUUGAAGGCAUUCCUUAUCCAAGUUCUGAAUUCUUCGAAUCUGAUCAAAAUAAAUUGAUCAGUGAUGAACUAAGAUAUGAUCAAAAAGCAUUAACAGAUGAACACAAAGCUUUGAUUUCUAAGCUUACCGAUGAACAACGAUGUGUUUAUGAUACUGUUAUUAAUGCGACACGGUCAAAUUAUGGAGGAAUGCUUUUCAUAUAUGGGUAUGGAGGUACGGGAAAAACAUUCAUAUGGAACACUCUUUCAGCAGCUCUAAGGUCAAAGGGAGAAAUUGUUUUAAAUGUUGCUUCAAGUGGAAUUGCGUCCCUGUUGUUGCCUGGUGGAAGAACAGCUCAUUCACGAUUCAAAAUUCCCAUAAAUGUCAAUGAGGAUUCCAUGUGCAACAUAAAUCAAGGUUCUCCACUUGCAGAAUUGAUUGAUAAGUGUAAGCUUAUUAUUUGGGAUGAGGCACCGAUGAUGCACAAGUUUUGUUUUGAAGCAUUGGAUCGAAGUCUACGAGAUAUAAUGCGGUUUGUCAAUCCGUCAAGUGCAUCCACCCCUUUUGGAGGAAAGACAGUUGUGUUCGGGGGUGAUUUCAGACAGAUACUACCUGUUAUACCAAAAGGAAGUAGACAAGAUAUUGUUUUUGCAACAAUAAAUUCUUCAUAUCUCUGGAAAUAUUGCAAGGUUUUACGGUUGACAAAAAAUAUGAGGCUUCAAAAUAUGGGCUCCAGUGCUGAAGCUGUGGAGUUGGAAGAGUUCUCUAAAUGGAUUGCGAGUAUAGGCGAUGGAACAAUUGGAAGUGCGAAUGAUGGUAAUGUCAAUAUUGAUAUUCGAACAGAUUUUUUGAUAAAAUGGUCUGGAAAUCCAAUUGAGCACAUAGUUAACACCAUUUAUCCAUCAGAUUGUUCCAAUAAUGUAGAUACAAGUUAUCUACAAGAGAGAGCAAUACUUGCUCCUACUCUUAAUGCUGUUGAAUCUGUAAAUCAAUACAUGAUUUCUUUGAACAAAAGUGAAGGACGUUUAUAUAGAAGCUCAGACUCAACUUCAAGAUCAGAUUCAAUCACUGAUUUGGUACAACAGGUGCAUACCCCAGAAUUCUUGAAUAGCAUCAAAUGUUCAGGAGUACCAAAUCACGAAAUAUAUUUGAAGGUUGGAACUCCGGUUAUGUUGUUGAGGAGCAUUGAUCAUGCAAAUAGAUUGUGCAAUGGAACUCGAUUGAAAAUAACAAGACUUGGACAACAUGUUUUGGAAGCACAAAUUCUUACGGGAGAUAAUGCAAAUACAAAAAUUUUGAUUCCAAGAAUGUCAUUGACUCCUGCUGAUCCAAGAUUGCCAUUUAAGUUUGAACGACGACAAUUCCCCCUGAUUGUAUCUUAUGCAAUGACGAUCAACAAAAGUCAAGGGCAAUCGUUUUCUCAUGUUGGUUUAUUCUUGCCAAGACCAGUUUUUACACAUGGCCAAUUGUACGUUGCAGUGUCAAGAGUACGAAGUCGAGCAGGACUUAAAAUAUUGCUUUCUGAAGAUGGUAGAAAUGAUGAUACUACUACUACAAAUGUUGUGUAUAGGGAAGUUUUUCAAAAUGUAUGGCAAUAUGUGUGUUAUUGUUUUGCAUUUAAUUAUAAUUAA